CCUCGACAGAUUUCAAUGAGUUCAGAACUCUUAUAGAAAGGUUACAUUCUUACAAGAAUGAUCGUGAGAAGGCUUGGGAGAUUUAUAGAAAUAUUGUAAAUAACGAUCUUAUAGUUCAUAUGAAAAUGGAUCACAUGGAUUUAUUGCUUAACCUUUUAUGUGACAACCCAGAUAAUAGGACUUUUGAAUUACUUGAUCAAGUCAUGAAAGAUGUUUAUUUGUUUCGUAAAAAGAAUUUAAUGAGACCUAUUCUUUAUGUACGAGUGUUAAAAUUAUCGGCGCAACUAGGAAAUUGCAAGAUUGUAUCUGAUAUUAUAAGGCAAAUGACAACUUUGGGAUAUUACAUUGAAAGACCGCAUGUUAAAGGAAUAGUGAAGCAAUGUGUUGAUGCUGAAUCAGCAUACAGGUUACUUGAUGCUAUUAUUGUAAGUCAUUCUGAAGCUGACUGUGAAUGGUAUCAUACAUUGAUCGAGGUUUACUGUGAAAAUGAAGACAUUGAUUCUGCUUUAGAAGUACUUAGGUUAUACAAUUUAUCAGGCCAGAGACCUAGAAUAAAAUUUUAUAGUACUAUAAUUCAUAAACUUGCUAAAAAAGGAGAAAUGGAAUUAGCUGAAAUAUUGGUGAAUGAAAUGACUGAAUAUUUUGGUCCACCCAAUGAUUUAAUGUUUAAUUCUUUAAUUGCUGGAUAUAGUAAAAAGAAUGAUACGGACAUG